AUGGCUUUCCGCUCGGGGGCCUUGUUGGCCACCCACACCCAGCGCUUCUGCAUUGGCCGCUUGAACCAGGCACUAACUCUUGGAGCACAGCCUUCAGCAGCCACUGAACCCCGGGGCCCCGCGGAUGUGUCUCAGGAACCCGGAGGCAACUCCUAUCAAGAGACCGGCAAAUCUGCUCUACAGAAUUUAACAGAACAGGUGCAGUCUCUGCGGCGGUCCAUACAGCAGCUGGGGCCCUGGGUAUCACAAGCCGCCGCGGAGGCUGCGGGGAGCCCUGGCGAGCGGCUGCGUGCGCUGCAGGGGACUCGCGCCCAGCGCCUGGUGGAGAUGGAAGCGCAGGGCCGGGUCCUGGAGCGCCGUGGGGAUGAACUAAAACAGCGUCUUCAAGCUGUAGCCCUGGCCCGGGGCAGGACGCAGCGCCUAUUCAGCCUGGAGCGGGAGCUUCGAGAACUUAGGGCCGAGGCCUGGCGGACGCAGGGGGCGCUGCAGGCGCUGGGGACCCGUGUCGAGGAGCUACAGCCCCAGACAGGGACCGGGCCGAAGACCUGGCCAGAUGUCGAACUCUGUUUCCCGGUGCUGCCAGUCAACCCGGGAACCUUGGCUGCCGAGAUCGGGGCCUUCCGUGAAGCCUACAUGCGAGGUGGAGGUCGGGAACCUGGAGUUCUGGCUAAGAUACAUCAGUUGCAAGUGGAGGCGUCAGCGCUGGCGCUGCGGCGGGCGCAGAGCCACAAGGGUGAACCGGAGAGGAGGGGUGCCACCUCCCGGGAUCUUCUAGUAGCGGAGGCCGAAAAUCAGCUCCUAGAGGCAGAAAUUCUGGCUUUGCAGAUGCGGAGGGAUCCUGGCCGUACACUUUGGGAGCAGGGGCAGUCAAGACGCCUAGCAGAUCCUUGUCCAUUCCUGAAGGGGAGAAGAGAUCCCCUGAUCCUCCCUCCACCUAUGGCACCCCCGCUGCCACCAUUUCCAGGUCAACACUUUUCCCCACAGCAGCUGCCUCCUGGAACCAUGACCAAGCAUCUGUGGCUUGACCCACACUCCCUGCUACCCCCAUCUGAUGUCUUGGGCCCUGCACCCUAUGACCCUGGGGCUGGCCUUGUCAUUUUCUAUGACUUCCUGAGGGGCCUUGAGGCUUCUUGGAUUUGGGUGCAGCUAGUGACUGGCUUGGCCAGAAAUGGACAGGACACAGGAGGGACCACAGCACUGCCCCCAGCUGUUUGCCUGCCCCCUCCCCCAGCUCCUGGACCUAUGGGCAAUUGUGCCGUCCUAGCCAGCAGGCAGCCUGUACCCAGACUACCCCCAUCACCACUGGUAUCGUUGGUCUGUGAACUACAGGCCUGUCAGGGAGUGGAAUGGGCCAGAGCACAACCAAAAGCUUGGACCUCGCUAGUGCUAUUUGACCAAGAUCAGCGAGUGCUAAGUGGCCGCUGGCGCCUCCCACUUCGAACCCUUCCUUUGGACUCCAGCCUCAGCCUAGGGCAGCUAAAUGGGAUUCCCCAGGCAGGUCAGGCGGAGCUCUUUCUACGGCUGGUGAAUGCAAGAGAUGCAGAUGUCCAGGCAUUGGCAGCGAUUAACCCAGUAAAUGCCCAUGAGUACCACUACCCACCAUUGGUGUCCAGCUCAUCUUCACUGAAGGCUAACUCCCUUGCUCCCAAUGCUGGCUUUGUGGAUCGCGAGCCUUCUGCAGAACCCUGUCAGAGUCAAGGGUGAAAGCUUUGGCCAACCUCCAUUGGUUUCUGAGCUGAGGCAAAAGGCCUAUUUCCAGCCCCGUUAUCUUUUCUACUAGUGUGUUGGAUGGAAUCCAUAAGGACACACAGUGAUGAAU